CGCAAGGCAUUUAAAAAAAAUCAAAUCUUGUUUGAAUGCAUUAUUUGAAUGCAUUACGUACGAGUACGUACGGUACGUUUCUGGCGGAAGAAAAAAGAAGAUACUGUACUGUACAAACAGAAUCGGAAAUACUUGUACAAUUCAGUACAGUACAGUACUAUUCUGAUUUCCUAUCCAAUUAGCGUCCCUCUUCUAGGUGACAGAAGAAAAAAUUCAAAUUCUUUGAAGCAUUCCCAAGCAAUACCCCUUGUAAAUGGGCGAUACCCACCAUCUCAUCAUCCCAAGCAAUGGAAUUCCGCAUGCUUUGAAUCAAUGCGAAUGAUCGAUUCUUUUGCCACCGACGACGACGAAACCAUCAAUCAUCAUGGUGGCAAUCAAGAGCAAAAGAUAUGGAAAAUAUGCAUUCUUUGCGAGCCACCUCCCAUAACAUAUCGAAGCGGUCAGGCCGCCCGCUUUCGAUUGCUCAUGAAGCACUUGAGUGACCACCACCACAAUACCCAUAAACUGCAGCUCGUUACUGCCGACGCCGUCUCCGCCUCUCCACCAUUGCAUUGUUUCAACGGUAAAAUUCCCAUUCAUUAUACCCUUGGAUUUUGUCCCCGCCAGUACAAGACCAUGACCCUUUCCUGCGAUGCUAGCCUCAAAAGCCUACGGGUGCUCUUUCCAUCGCAGCAAAAGUUUGAUUUGAUCCACGUUUCUUCCCCCGGAUUGUUGCUUUUUCCUGCUAUUUUGGCGAGCCAGCUUUACCAAAUCCCCUUGCUGAUGAGCUACCACACGCAUCUUCCGAUUUACGCCCGAUCUUACCUUCCACGUCCGUUCAAUGCUCUCGGAGAGAUUUUGGCCUGGUUUGGACUUAUCAUCGUGCAUUUCUUUGCAGAUUUGACGCUCGUGACGAGUCCUCAGAUUGAAGACGAAUUUCGAGCGCGGUACAGCACAAUGAGGUUUAUGUUGCCCUCUAGUAUAAAUAACAUGUCACUCCUAGUUUGGAAAAAAGGCGUCGACACGACAGCAUUUCACCCAAUUCAUCGAGACAGGGAAAUGAGGGAAAGAAUGAUCGGAACUCAUGGCAAUCCAGAUGACUUCUUGAUCGUCCACGUCGGUAGGCUAGCGAAAGAGAAGAGACUAAAGGAUCUUAGAGGUGUUCUCGAAGAAAUAAAUACGCGCCGCAACUGGAAUCGCAAUAGAACUUGUCCCACUAUUCGUUUGUGUAUCGUUGGAAGUGGUCCAGAAGAAGAAGAAUUGCGGAGAUAUUUCGAGGGAACACCAACAGUGUUCUUGGGGAGGCUCGAUGGCAAAGAACUGGGACAAGCAUUUGCUUCCGGUGAUGUAUUUUGUAUGCCUAGCGACUCGGAAACACUCGGAUUUGUGGUAUUGGAAAGCAUGGCUUCCGGUGUUCCGUGUGUAGCAGCACGAGCCGGUGGUCCGAUCGACUUGAUAGAGGACAACGUCACGGGUUAUCUUGUUCCCACCGGAGACGUGUCGGCCUUUGCUGAUCGCAUCGAAGCCAUGAUGAACGACCAAGAAUUGCGCCGGAGACUCUCGCUGGCGGCGCGAAAGGAAAUGGAGCGCUGGAGUUGGUAUGCGUCGAUGGAACAAAUUCGAGACCAAGCUUAUCCAAAGUGUGUAGAAAACUUUCGGUCCAGACGAUUGAGCCAACGGCUGUACCACAGGUUUAUGGGACAGGCAAAGAAACCAAAGACAUCGUAAACAGAAAGAUUAUUCACCACAU